AUGGAUCAUGAAAUGUUUGACAACGCGAAAUAUGAGAAAGCCAGAGCAAUGGCGUUCAUGUUUAUUUCCUGGUCCUGGACAUAUCUCCCGGCCGCCGUUAAAUUCUCCGGCGACUUAUUGGUCAAACUCUCAGUUUAUAUAUACAAUCCUCAUGUCGUUUUUCUCAUUGGCAACACAAUUAUAGUCUCUGUCUUAUUGCUCUGCCGUCAAACAGAAGCCGAUAACCACUCCAUCACUGGCGGUAUCCACCGUGAUGAUGUCCGCUCCUGUGAAGUUCAACUACCGAUUGUCACUACCUGUGACGGCGAUGUGGCAACUUCUUCGCCGCCGGGGAUUGCGGAGCCUAAUUUCGCCGGAGAUGAAAGUAAGCAGAUUGUUAAGGUGCAAAGCAACGCCGCAGAGACGACAAUAGAUGUAACAACGAAGAAUAUAAAGAUACUUCAAAGGACUAAAUCGGAGAAUUUGAAGCAAGUGAUUCCUUCAAAAAAGCUCCGUCGUUCCCAGACAGACAUGGUGGCGGUAGACACACUUAGCAACGAAGAAUUUAAGUUUACUAUUGAAGCGUUCAUAAAGAAGAAUCAAAUCUUUUUUGAGAAACAGAGACUAGCUGAAACAGAGCAGGAAAAAUUGAUCACAUAA